AUGGAUUGGAUGUCAUUCUUUUUAAUGGUUACACUGACUAUUGUACAUGGAGACAUUAUUACAGAUUUUAUGUCGAGGAAUUCUGUUUACGAUGACAAGUCCACUUUCUCUACCAAUAUAAUGUCAACACUGAAGUUCAGAAGUUCCCGGCAAUGUGCAUCUUAUUGUACAAGGGUUUCUGAUUGUAAAUCUAUUCUGUUUAACUCGGAGACAAGGUUCUGUCAGUUAUUAUUGGUACAACUUGAUUCUGUUUCAGAUACUGGAACACAAAAUACAAUAGGCUGGAUGUAUUACUUUAGAAAAACUGACACUCAGACAACUAAAGAUUUGACAACAACUAGCUUAAUGGCUAUAACAACACCUUUUGAUUGCAACUUAUGGCACAAUUUUAAUGGUCAUUGGUAUAAGUGGGACAACACUGAGAGAGAUUUUUUGUCAGCACAGGCAUUCUGUUCUUCACUGACUCCAACAUCUUACGUCACAGAAGUUACCUCUCAAGCUGAAAAUGACUGGCUGGUUACAUUGACCGCUGAUCACUGUGGAGCUCCGAAUGAAUAUUGGCUGAACGGCUUCGAUUUAGAUGACUCUGGGUCAUUUGUCUGGCUGGAAAGUGAAGAAGCAACAAACUACACAAACUGGUAUACUGGUAAUCCUAGUGAUUUCUAUGAGGGAUGUGUAGUAAUAUCAACGGCAUAUUAUGGAGUGUGGAAUGAUAUUCAAUGCACAUCUUCAAGACCAGUUGUUUGUGAAAGAGACGAUGGUGACUGA